GUUCUGAUUGAAAAGCUGCUCUUACACACACAUGCAAGCGCAUGCUUCCAGGAGCCUUUAUAAAAACACCCUUCACCCCACAUUGCUGAAUCAGUAGCAGAACAAUCUCAUCUUAUUCACCCCUCCUCUUGUGAAGCUACUAACUGCCCCACAAGAUGGUGAAGUAUGGCCUUGACUACACAAGGUGCAGAUGGAUCUUACCUCUGCUCUUGGGCAUAGGGGUCAUCUUUGGCAUCAUUGGGCUGGCUGGCCAGGCCUGGCUGCAGUCAGCGACCAUCCCGUUUGUACAACGAGCGUCGUUAUGGGAGACUUGUACGAGACUUGACGGAACUUCGCCGUGGAACUGUGUACCCCUCAACACAUAUGCCUGGGGAAGAGGUGCUAUUGGAACAAUCCUUACUGGCUAUAUCAUUUUCAUCAUCUGCUUUGCCCUUGCCAUCAUCGCAUUUGCUGUCUGUUUACUUCGGUUCAACUUUAUCCGAGGAAUUGGAGGCUUGCUCUUUGUUUCUGCUCUGUUCCUGAUUAUGGGCCUAGUCAUUUACCCGGUGAUGUACACAAACACCCUUCUAGUCACAGGCGUUGGUGCAUUUGGCUGGUCCUAUGGCUUUAUGUGGACUGUUGCUAUAAUGGCAAUAGGUCUGGCAUUCUUCUUCUGCUGCCUCCCCAACUACGAAGACCAGAUCCUGGGAAAUGUCAAGCCUGAUUAUUGCUGUGGUACCCCGUGAACACUAGUAACAGCAAGAGAAGCAUCUGACAUUUGGAUUCCAAAGAUACUUACAGACUACCCUAGUUUUCAAAAGUAUUAUCAUCAGGUAUUAGUAGAAAGGUUUGGCAAGUUUGGUUUGUUUUCACAUGAAAGUAGAGAAAGAAAUGCGAGUUUUAGAAUGGAAGAUUUAAAUCAUUCUGUAUUUUCACAUAUGAUUUUUUUAGGACUUAUCAGUUUGCAUACUCAAUAUGCUUAUAGUUAAUUACUCCAUUAAUUCUCACAUCAAGAAGUGUGCAUAAUUUUUGUGAGGUGUUUCAGGUGUUUAUGCUUGCAUUUUAGUAUAAACAAGUAAGUCAUUUGGUGGGCCAAAUAAUAUCUUCCUGAGGCAAAGCAGUUCACAACCCUUCCCCCCCAUGGCAACUAUAUUUAGCUUCUAUUUUUGUUUACUUUAACCUGAAAAUCUGAAAUGUUUGCUUUUUGCCAAACUUGUGUAACCACUGCCUGCCAACAUUGUCAAAAAUUCAGCCCCCAGUUCCUAAUUUAGUUCUCUUUCUCAUUAAAAGAAAAAAAGCACUUCAAGGUACAGGGAUAAAGUGAAGGUGGGAGGAUGGGAGGGAGAGAGAAAGAGAAAAGGGCCACUGGAGUCUGGAUUUUAGCAGGAUAUUUAAUUCUCUUUCCCUCUCAAUAUUUUUGUUUCAUCUUUAAAUAACUAAAGUGUAAAAAAUUAAUAAAAACUGUAAACAUAAAAAGCA